AUGGCUUGGCGGCUCGGCUGCCGGGCGCUCGGCGGCUCGGCUGCUCGGCGGUUCGGCUGCUCGGCGGCUCGGCGGCUAGGCUGGUGGGCGGCUCGGUGGUGCGGCUGCAAGGCGGCGCGGCGGUCGGCUGCUCGGCUGGGUGAGGCGGCUCGGGCAGCUCAGGUGGCGGGCGGCGCUGCAGCAGGCGACGGCGCCUGCGCCGUAGUGGUGGGCGCUGGGCCGCAGGUAAGGGCGGCGGGGCCGCAGGUGAGGGCGACGGGGCCGCAGGUAAGGGUGGCGGGGCCGCAGGUAAGGGCGGCGGGGCCGCAGGUAAGGGCGGCGGGGCCGCAGGUAAGGGAGGCGGGGCCGCAGGUAAGGGCGGCGGGGCCGCAGGUGAGGGCGACGGGGCCGCAGGUGAGGGCGACGGGGCCGAUGUUAGGUGGCGGGGCCGGAG